GGGAAGACUUUGGGAGAGAGAGGGAGUGUAUUGUAGCUUUUAAAGGAAGACGUGGGAUUAAAAAGGAGUGAAAGGAAUCAACUUUGGACGAAAUGACCAUAUUGCCCUUCACACCGUUAAAUAAGCAAACGGUCAACUGACGGAAGUUAGUGCCAGGGUUUUAAUUGUGAGCAAUUGAAUACGUCAGAGAUUGGAGUGUUGAUUUUUUAAAAAACAAGGACUAAACCUGAGAGCGGGUGUAAACCUUUACUACAGAAGUAUUUAAAAGAUCAUGUAUUUUAGACAAAACUGUACUGGUUUCAUGAAACCAAAAGCCAAUAAACAAAGUAGGUUUCCAAAGAUCUUCAUCUUCAUCGUUACUACACUUUCAAUUCCAGCGAGAUGAAUUAAUUUUCUCAGAAAGGGAAUGCGUAUUUCCCACCAUUCAUCACGUUUUGUUAUGGCAGGUCAGCUAGUGUUUUUCUUCCUCUCCAGCACCUUGUCUUUUCUGCUUGAUUUGAAACUGAAAGUAAGGAUGAAGUGCACAAGAAUUGGACUUUGUUAUUACUCUACCGCUUCAGCCUCAACCUCCCAUUUCAAUCAAAGAAUCCUGCAUCUCAAAAAUGCUUGUGGAGCCACUAAGCUCAAUGAUGCCCUCCAACUGUUUGAUGAAAUGCUUCAAAGACAACCUCCACCGAACAUCAUCCAAUUUAAUCAGCUCAUCACUCUUGUUGUAAAGAUGAAACAUUAUUCCACUGCUCUUUCACUCUUUAAGCAAAUGAGGUUGAUGGGUGUUCCUAGUGAUCUUUAUACCAUGACUAUCUCUAUUAACUGUCAUUGCCGCCUGAAUCAAGUUACUUACGGUUUUGCCCUACUGGCAACCAUCUUCAAGCAAGGGCAUCCACCCAGUUUGGCCACCUAUACUACUCUCAUUCAUGGGCUUGUUCUUGCUGAUCGGGUCUUUGAAGCUGUUGAGUUAUUCAAGAAACUGCUUAGAGAUAAACUCUGUGAGCCUAAUCAAGUUAUGUAUGGAACCGUUAUUAAUGGGCUCUGUAAAGUAGGUCACACUACCAAGGCCCUUGAAUUGCUCACGUUCAUGGAAUCAGGCUCUUGUAAACCUUGUGUACACCAUUACAAUACAGUCAUUGAUAGCCUCUGCAAAGAUAGAAUGGUUGAUGAUGCAUUAGAAUUAUUUACGCGUAUGACUGAAAAGGGUGUCCGUGCAGACGUUAUCACUUACAACUCUUUGAUUCAUGGUCUAUGUAACUUUGGUAGAGAGACAGAAGCCGCACAAAUGUUGAGAGAUAUGGAGGAGGAAGGGGUAUCUCCAGGAGUGCAUACCUUUACUAUCUUGGUGGAUUCCUUUUGCAAGCAAGGAUCGGUUAAAGAUGCGGAGCUUGCUGUACAAGCAAUGGUACGAAGAGGUCUAAAUCCAGAUGUAAUCACUUAUAGUGCACUAAUUGAUGGAUACUGUUUACGUGGUGAAAUAGAUGAAGCGGAGAAAGUUCUCGACGGCAUGGUGGAGAAGGAACUUGUGCCCAAUAUCAUCACCUAUAACAGCCUAAUAAACGGAUACUGUAAGAAGAAGAGAAUCGGAAAGGCCAUGCGUCUCUUUCACGAAAUCCAAGACAAGGGUUUGAUUCCGGAUGUUAUUACAUACAGUAGCAUGUUACAAGGUUUGUUUAAAUCCGGGAAUCCUGCAGCAGCUAGAGAACUGUUUAACAAGAUGCAAGCAAAGGGUCAGGCUCCGGAUAUAUGCACCUACCGUAUCUUAUUCCAUGGUAUGUGCGAGAAUGGUGAGUGUUCUGAUGCAUUGGUUCUGUUCCGUUCAAUGGGAAGCGACACACUGAUGAAAGAUGUCAAUCUGUAUACUAUCUUGAUUAAGGGUUGUAGAAAAUAUGGUAAGCUUGAUUUGGCAAUGGGUCUGUUUGACGAACUCACUUUAAAAGGAUUGAAACCGAAUGUUAGGACAUAUACAGUGAUGAUAAGUGUGCUAUGCCAGCAAGGUUUAUUUGGUGAAGCAAAAGACUUGCUAAGAAAGAUGGAGGAGAAUGGUUGUUCGCCAAAUAGUGUGACUUACAAUGCUAUUGUUCAGGAAUUCUUCAAGUAUAAAGAGUUUCAAGAAGCAGAGAUUCUUCUUGAGGAGAUGAUGAACCUAGGUUUCUCGCCUGAUUCCGCUAAUUUUGAGAUGCUGCUUCACCUAAUACCGACUACGGUACAAGAUUCGCCUAUGCGAACUAUCAUUCGGAAGCUAACAAACAUUAAACAAAUGAAUGGAUAAGUUAGAAUGGAAAAUGUGCAAUAAAUAUAUUAUCAAACACAUUCAACAAGUAGAUUAGAAACCAGUAACUUCUUGAAAUUUAGUUUCCAAACUCAUCUCAAAUUGUUUUAAUCUUAAACUAGUAAUUAGACCCGCGCGUGUUGC